AUGGAGACGAGUUCCGGUGAUCGGAAAAUCCAAUACAGAAUUAAAACCAACAAUCUGUCGUACAAAUUAGCUCCCCCAUAUUAUGUGCUCAGUUGGCUUUGCUGGCAGGAGGCCAUCAAAAAUACAAGCAAGUACAUUUUGAAGAAUGUCAAUUGUGAAGCAAAACCAGGAGAGAUCACAGCGAUUGCUGGUCCGAGUGGAGCUGGAAAAACCACAUUGCUGGAAAUUCUUGCCGGAAUGAUCGUCCCAUCUACAGUCUCCGGUCAAGUGCUUGUCAAUGACAGGCCAAUGAAUGAUACAAAGUUUCAGAAAGUGUCGGGUUAUGUCACGCAAGAUGAAGCUCUCUUUCCUCUUCUAACUGUUGAGGAAACACUUAUGUACAGUGCACGUCUCAGGCUUCAUGGGGGGCUUAACAAGGCUGAAGCAAGAGUGAAAGAGCUGUUGAAGGAGCUUGGCUUAGACCACGUUGCUGGAGUGAGAAUUGGAAGUGAAUCAGCCCGAGGCAUCUCAGGUGGUGAGAAGAGGAGGGUAUCAAUUGGUGUUGAUCUAGUUCAUGACCCUGCUGUUCUUCUGAUUGAUGAACCAACCUCUGGACUAGACUCGUCCUCUGCUCUCCAUGUGGUCUUGCUGCUUAAAUCCAUGGCUAAGAAUCAAGGGAAGACAAUUGUGUUAACCAUCCAUCAACCUGGUUUUCGAAUACUCGAGCUAUUUGACCGAGUCGUGUUGUUGUCCAAUGGAAUUGUUCUUCACCAUGGACCAUUGCAUCUUCUAGAGCAGCGGCUUACUCUCGCAGGCCAUUGCAUCCCUCGGCAUGUCAAUGUGCUUGAGUUCGCCAUUGAUGUCACAGAAAGCCUGCAUGGAGAAUUUAAAGAUGAUAUCGGAAAAUGUGACGCUGAGCAAGAAUAUGUUCAAGUCAAAAUAAGCUCUAUCCUUGGUAAUGUUGCCGAAAAGCAGAUCAUUUAUCCAAAUUCAACAUUCAAGGAAGUUUUAAUACUGAGCCAGAGAUUUUCCUAUAACAUUUUCAGAACCAAACAGCUCUUUGCUGGAAGAAUAAUUCAAACAGUACUUGUUGGGGUUCUAUUGGGCACAAUAUUCAUGAAUGCUAACAAUGACCACCCCAAAAGGUUUAAGCUACCAACUCAAGUUGGAUUCUUUGCCAUCAGCCUUGCAUUCUUGCUGUCUUCCACAACAGAAGCUCUUCCAAUUUUCUUGCAAGAGAGGAGAAUUUUAAUGAGAGAGACCUCAAGGGGAGCCUAUAGAAUCUCUUCCUACAUCAUAGCCAACACUAUUGUGUUCAUUCCUUUCCUUUUGACAGUAGCUAUACUCUUCACCACCCCAGUUUACUGGCUAGUCGGAUUGAGGCGGGAUGUUGAUGGAUUUCUCUAUUUUUCUCUGGUGGUUUGGGUGGUUGUCUUGAUGUCAAAUUCUUUCGUUGCCUGCCUUAGUGCAUUAGUGCCAAAUUUUAUCGUGGGAAUGCCGUUUACUGCUGGCAUUAUGGGGUCAUUUUUCCUCUUUUCUGGGUACUUUAUAUCGAAGGAUGACAUACCCAAGUAUUGGCUUUUCAUGCACUAUUUGAGUUUGUUCAAGUACCCUUUUGAGUGUUUUAUGAUAAAUGAGUUUGGAGGGGAAAAGGGGAAAUGGAGAUGCUUGGAGAGCUUUGAAGGAGAGUGUUUCUUGUAUGGAGAAAAAUUCUUGAUGCAGCUAGGUUUGAAAGAGUCACAAAAAUGGAGCAACUUAGUUGUGAUGCUUGUUUUCAUCUUUGGGUACAGGUUUGUUUGUUUUCUGAUUCUAUGGUGCAGAUCUUACAGAAGCACAGCUUAG